GAGCUAUGGCUGCCUCUCUCUCACCUCACCUUCUUCAUCUCUCUCUCUCGCUCUCUCUCUCUCUGCGUCUCCGCAGGCACCGUAGCAUAGGAACAAUACAAACAAGAGUCGUCUCUCAUUGUUUCUUCUCUUCUCUUUCCUUCACACAGUUCCACAGGCAAUAACAAAAAGGAGAAUUUCUAUGGAAGCUGGAAAUUUUAUGGAAACAUCCCCAUUCCCCAUCAUUCAAUCCUUCAUGUAAUUCUCUCUCUCUCUCUCUCUCUACCCACCAAACCUUCUUGCCUAUCUCUUCUUCCCCACCUUUCCUGUCUGCAAAUUUCUGCUUCCCAUUCCCAGCCUCCAUCUCUCUGUCUCUCUGUGUGGACCUUCUUUGGCUCAGAUUGAUCACGGAUUGGAUGUCUGACGGUACGGCUGCGUCAGCACUGCGGCCGGCGGAGCUGCCUGAGUCAUCGCCGACGGUGGAUGGCACGCACCGGUUUGGUGACUUGAGGAGCGUGCAGUGGCGUAUCGGUCUUGGGGUAUUGCCCUCCUCACCGUCUGCUUCUACCGAUGAGCUCCGUCGGGUCACGGCUGAUUCUCGGAGACGUUAUGCGGGUUUGCGAAGACGGCUCCUUAUUGACCCUCAUACUUCCAAAGAUGGAAGUAACUCGCCUAAUCUUGCGGUCGACAACCCGCUGUCACAAAACCCAGAGAGCAGGUGGGGUCGCUUCUUUCGAAAUGCUGAGCUGGAGAAAAUGGUUGAUCAAGAUCUGUUGCGCUUGUAUCCCGAGGAUGGAAGUUAUUUCCAGACACCCGGAUGCCAAGGCAUGCUAAGAAGAAUCUUGUUGCUGUGGUGCCUUAGACAUCCCAACUAUGGGUACAGACAAGGAAUGCAUGAACUGUUGGCACCUCUGAUUUAUGUCCUCCAAGUUGACAUUAACCGCCUUUCCCAAGUUCGGAAGCUUUAUGAGGAUUACUUUACCGACAAGUUCGAUGAGUUAUCAGUUCACGAAAGCGACUUCACCUAUAACUUUGAUUACAAAAGAUUCUCAAAUGCAAUGGAGAGCUCCGCGAGCUCCCAUGGGAACAUAGUCAAAGCUAGGAGUCUUGAUGACCUUGAUCCUGAUGUGCAGAAAAUUGUACUUUUAAGCGACCCUUAUGGAGCUGAAGGUGAACUGGGCAUCGUGUUAUCUGAGAAGUUCAUGGAACAUGAUGCUUACUCUAUGUUUGAGGCACUGAUGAGUGGGGUCAAUGGCUCAAUUGCCAUGGCAGAUUUCUUCUCACAUUUGCCUGCAGAUGGGAACAAUAACAGCUCACCACCUGUGAUCGAGGCUUCUGCUGCAUUAUACCAUCUGCUUUCUGUCGUCGAUUUGCCUCUGCAUACUCACCUCACUGAGCUGGGAGUGGAACCACAGUACUUUUGUCUUCGUUGGCUUCGGGUGUUAUUUGGACGCGAGUUUGCACUUCUUGACCUUUUGGUGAUAUGGGAUGAGAUUUUUGCUCAAGACAAUGGUAAAAUUGAUUCACAGAGUGCAGAUAGCUUUGCAAUUUUUGGUUCAGCUCGAGGAGCAUUUAUUGCUGCCAUGGCUGUUUCUAUGAUACUUUACUUGAGACCCUCCCUGCUUGGAGCUGAAUUGGCAACUUCUGCUCUUCAGAGAUUGCUGAACUUUCCACAGAAUGUAGAUCUGAAGAAACUAAUUCAGAGGGCAAAAUCCUUGCAGGUGCUUGCUCUUGAUGCUUCUCGCAGUUUACUGAUGGCUCCUCUGAUGGUCGGGGCGUUUAACCAAACAAAACCGAUUAUGAGAGGUCAUAGCUUGUCCUCUGAUUCGAUAUCACCAAAGAGCCCUCUGAGCUUAGUGCCUGAUAGUUACUGGGAGGAGAGAUGGAGAAUUUGGCACAAGGAAGAAGAGAAAAUUGAACAAAGUAAUUCAGAGAAACGAGUCUCAAUCCCAACUAAGAAAAAGGGUUGGACAGAGAAAGUAAGAGCCAGUCUCACUAGAACAGAAUCCGACCCUUCGGCAAAAGCCAAGAAUGUGAGGAAGGUUCCUACGGCACCUGUAAGGCGAAGUUUGUUAGAAGAUCUGUCGCGGCAACUGGGGUCUGAUGAAGGUAUUCAGGAUAUUAUUCCCGGAGACGGAAAAUAUUCGAGUGAGGAUACUGCGAGUGAGGAGGAUUCUUCGGUAUCAUCCAACCCAUCAAGUCCCCUUAGUGGGAGUUUUAACAGUGCAAAGUCAAAUGCACCCCCGGCAGAGCAUGAAGACUGUCGGCAAUCUACAGUUGGAGAUUCUUCUCUUCCUGUUUCUGAUGUUCCAGAGGAGUCCUCUAGAGCAAUGGCCUCGAACAAGGAUUCUGUGGAUAAACUAGAGAAGGAUGCCAAGGAGCAGAAGCCGUUAUUUGGUAAGUUCCAGUGGCUGUGGAAGUUUGGAAGGGGUCAUGCUUCUGAGGAGACUUCUGAUAGAGUAGGAGACCCCAUUGAAGCUCCAAAAUCAACUGAUCCUGAAGGCAAUCAGAACAUCGAGACAAAAUCAUCGGUAAGUGAUGGAAAUCAUGAGCCUUCUGUUAGCAGUAGUACAGGAGAUGCACCCGAUCUCAAGGUCAUGGGCACCUUCAAGAAUCUCGGGCAGUCCAUGCUUGAACACAUUCAGGUUAUUGAGUCGGCUUUCCAGCAGGACCGAGGUCAGGUCGGGUCGUUGGAAAGCUUCUCGAAGAAUGUACUGGUAGGCAAAGGGCAGGUCACUGCCAUGGCAGCUCUGAAAGAGCUUCGGAAGAUCAGCAAUCUUCUCUCUGAGAUGUGAGAUGGGCUUCAAUAAUGUUAAACCUUGGUUGUACAUAUACAAAUUUUGUAAUUAAUAAUUUUCUAGUAGCCCAAAUAAUCGAUUUCCUCAUCCUCAAUGCCCAAUGUGUGUCACAAUUUUGAUAUCAAAGUACAACUGUGUAGUAUCUCUUGCAUCCGAUGCAGAUAAAUUGAAAUUUUGAACAUAAUA